AUGUUCAAUUGCACGUGGAUAGCAGAGGGAGAAGACCGAGGUCGUUUCUUUAUGGGGGCAUCCUUUGGACGGUACAAGCAAGCAAAUCCCUCAUGGACCCAGGCAGUCAAAGAAGCAAGGUUUUCUUUAAUAAAUGAUGCGGACAUGGUAUUGAAGGGAUACACUAUGGUCAAUUGUCCCGCCUCCGGGAAAGGGAUUUGGUUCGGAAACUGCGCCGAGGUAUAUCCUCUACUGCACAUGUUGAAGGGCAAUCCCAACCCGGGCGCUGUGUAUGGAAUAGCUGUGCAUAGGAAAGGUGUGCUCCACAGCAAUUAUGAAGAUGGUGUCUCGGGAUGGGCUUGGAAAGCCGUACGAAGGUUGUGUGCUAACUGUGAGGAGCUCGUACGGAUGUGGGGUGGAUUGCCGGCUAACUUCGAGCCAUUUGCCGAUGUAGGUUGCAGCCACUGCACCGUUGACUACUAA